AUGUGUCCCGGCGUGAGCGAGGCCCCAGAACUCUACAGCCGAGGCUUCCUGACCAUCGAGCAGAUCACGAUGCUGCCGCCCCCAGCCGUCAUGAACUACAUCUUCCUGCUCCUGUGCCUGUGCGGCCUGGUGGGCAACGGGCUGGUCCUCUGGUUUUUUGGCUUCUCCAUCAAGAGGAACCCCUUCUCCAUCUACUUCCUGCACCUGGCCAGUGCCGACGUCGGCUACCUCUUUAGCAAGGCCGUGUUCUCCAUCCUGAACACGGGGGGCUUCCUGGGCGCGUUCGCCGACUACACCCGCAGCGUGACCCGGAUCCUGGGGCUCUGCAUGUUUGUCACCGGCGUGAGCCUGCUGCCAGCCAUCAGCACAGAGCGCUGCGUGUCUGUCAUCUUUCCUGCCUGGUACUGGCGCCGGCGGCCCAAGCGCCUGUCUGCUGUGGUGUGCGCCCUGCUCUGGAUCCUGUCCCUCCUGGUCACCAGCAUACACAACUACUUCUGCGUGUUCCUGGGCCGCGAGGCCUCCCGGCCGGCCUGCAGGCACAUGGACAUCUUCCUGGGCAUCCUCCUCUUCCUCCUCUUCUGCCCACUCAUGGUGCUGCCCUGCCUGGCUCUCAUCGUGCACGUGGAGUGCCGGGCCCGGCGGCGCCAGCGGUCCGCCAAGCUCAACCACGUCAUCCUGGCCAUGGUCUCCGUCUUCCUCGUGUCCUCCAUCUACCUAGGGAUCGACUGGUUCCUCUUCUGGGUCUUCCAGAUCCCAGCCCCCUUCCCCGAGUAUGUCACCGACCUGUGCAUCUGCAUCAACAGCAGCGCCAAGCCCGUCGUCUACUUCCUGGCCGGGAGGGACAAGUCGCAGCGGCUGUGGGAGCCACUCAGGGUGGUCUUCCAGCGGGCCCUGCGGGACGGUGCUGAGCUGGGAGAGGCCGGGGGUGGCACGCCCAACACGGUCACCAUGGAGAUGCAGUGUCCCCCUGGGAACGCCUCCUGAGAGGCCAGCGCCUGGGCUGGAGGCUCCCAGGGUGGCCGAAGGACUGAGCAGCCACCUGCAAACACACCCUGUGGCCCCUGCCUGGCUCUCCCAGCCAUUCUGCUCCUAAAAUGACCCAACUUCCUUGGGGGGAAGUUGCCCCAAGUGGAGGGGCCCCUCCCUGCCCUGGGCCAGUCAGUAAAGGAGAGGAGGUAGUCACCCUGCCCCAUCCAGCCUGCCCCUUUGGUCAACCCUCCUUGAACGUGACCCAGCCAGCACCACCCGGCCAGCAGCCUCUCUCCCGAUUCCAUCCUGCUGAGGCAACAUCAGGGAGCAACCUGAACGAGACGGCUCUGUCUGCAAGAGAGCCUUUGUAGCUAAGUCUUUCUGCAAACAACGUCCCUGCCCCUUUGAUGAAUCAUUUGGUGACUUUAUAAUGGAAUUUCUGGGCCCUGCGAGCCACUGGAGACAGAAGGGACCUUUAGCCACCUUGGGUAGGCGACUGCCUUUUCCGACUCUGUGCCGGGCCAGCCCUGGGCAGCCUCCUGAAGCCCUCGAUGUGUCCCCGAGGCCACUGCAGACCGUCUGGACAGCUCCUGGACAGUCUCUUGGCUCUAGCGCCCCCAAAAGUGGGGUUCUGCCCUGGCCACCCAGAGACGGGCACCGCGGCCUCA